GAUAUUAUCUACGACUCAUUUCAGUUUCCAAGGAAACAAACAAAGUCAAAUCUUUUUAGAUAGAGCCAAGAACAUAUUUUCUACAACCUUUUAGUUUUACAUUAGGCACAUUACAGGAAUUAACAUUUUUAUUUAAUUUUUGGCUCUUCUUCUGUUCAUUUAUUGGAACUUUGGUGAAAUAUUUGUUGUCUCACAUUGUUAGCGGUACGUUCAACUAAAAUGAGUGGAAAUCAAGAAAUAAAUAAUACAGUCAACGGAGCACAAGAAAUGCAACCAGGGUUUUGUUCGGCGACCUGUGUGAACCGCUCAAAAUUACAAGAAGAAAUUAAAAAACCCGAUCUUAAAACAUCAGACCUGUUUAUCACGUGUAAUCUGCCGAAGAGAUUCGAGCAUCCACACUGGUUCAAUGGUUAUGGCUGUCAAGUGAGUAAGGAGCAUCCGUUCUACAGAACUUCGGCAAGCGAAUACGGAUGGUAUCCACCAGGUUGGCAUUCCGUUCCGACAGUGUAUUUCCCGAAGAACCAACAGUUUUCGAACCAUUUGGCUCAAUCCGGAAUGUAUCGUAAUUAUUCCUUGAAUACUGUACUCGAUCAGUUUUCAUUGAAAUAAUAAGGUUUUUUUUUAAUCAGUAAAGAAUUCGCGCGUGUGGCAUCUACUUUAAGGCACUUUGUUAAAUAUUAUUUCUUUAUCGUUAACUUUAGAUUUAAGUUCAUAUAUAGUAUAUAGUAGACGAAGGUUUGAAAUGUUUGAAUUUGCUUUCGGGGAAGAGAUUCAUACAACUGAAACGUAAAAUUUAUUGGAAAAAAAUUUGACUACGAUCUUCGUUGCCUUCAGAAGAUUUCAAAUCAUAGUAUUAUGUUUACACAUUUACAGUUAAGAAACUUUAGUUUGUUUUCAAACAUAUAUUAUUUCUGUCAUCAUAGCAGAACUUUUAUUAUAUAUACUCAGAGAAUGUAAUUAAUUUAUAUACAAUUUGUUUUAAUUGAGCACUAUUAAGGUAGUUUAUUUUGUUUUAGUUUUUAAUUGAGUAGAGAUAGAACAAAAAUUAAUGGAAUAUUGCCCUUUAAUUAAGAUUAAUUAAUGUUAAGUUACUGUUUUUAUUGUGAAUAAAGCGUAAAAUUUAUGGUAGCUCAA